AUGAACAAACGAAGUAAAGAAGGAUCCAGCAUGAUUAGUGUUCGUAGUCGAUCAGAUGGACCAAGCAGCAUUCUGAGUUUUGAUGGAUCAGAAAGCCGUAAAAGUCAUCAGAGUUUAGUAGAGUGGUUAAAUGAGACACUUCCUUAUUUGAAUUUACCAUGGGAGGCUUCAGAGGAAGAACUACGAGCAUGCUUAAUGGAUGGCACUCUCUUGUGUAAUCUUUUGAACCAGCUUAGUCCUGGUUCAAUGAAAAUGGGAGGAAGUUUUGAGCUUGCUUCUGUAAAUAUUGAGAGGUUUUUGACAGCCAUGGAUGAAAUGGCCUUGCCUAGAUUUGAAGUCUCGGAAUUAGAGCAGGGGGAUAUGAUUCCAGUUUUACAAUCUCUUAAGGCGCUUAAAGCUAGUUUCUCUGAUGAUGGAUAUGAUAAGAAUACACUUUGUGCAAGGAGAAGAUGGAGUUUGCCUGAGCACCAUUCAAAGGAAGUUGAUAGCAACUCUAAUGAUGGAUUCCAGAUUAAGGAAGCAUCUGAUAUCAAUUUAUCCCAUGCUAAAAUUCUGGACUUAAUACAAUCAAAUACUUUACAAAAUACUUCUACUCGGUCAUUGUUUGACAUGCUCGAUAAGCUUCUUGAUGAGAACGUGCAGAAGAUGAAUGUGAAUGUAUCACAUGCCUUUGUAGAUGUCCUGAGAGGCAUUGUUGAAGUUGUGGAACAACGGAUCUCAAAUCAAGCUGAGAACCUAAAGAAUGUAUGA